UUCAGGUAUGAGUUAUAACUAAAUCAUUUGUAGGCCUACUUGUGUGUUUUGGUAAACGAACAGGUUUCAGGUUUUAGUGGGUUUGGUAGGGGAAACACAUACCGACGGGGGAACAGCCAUCGCGACAACACCGGUACGGUACGUUGGGGUUUUAGGUAGGCAGCCAGUAGCCUACUACUUCCUCGCACCGGAAAAUCAAUCAGCUUUCCGCUUCCCGUCAAGAGAUCCGCAAAACUACAUCACAUCAUCAAAAUGCCCAAAUCAAAGGAAGUGCUGUCCUCCACAUCUGGAAGUGACUCUGACAGUGAAGUAGAGACCAAGGCAAAGAGAAAGAAGUCAAAUCCACCAGAGAAACCAGCCAAAAAACCAAAGAGCGGUGAGAGUUCCAAGCCAGGAGGCUCAUCCAAGGGCAGCGGCAAUGGCGAUGACAACAUGUUCCAGAUUGGAAAGAUGAGAUAUGUCAGCGUCAGGGACUUCAAAGGCAAAGUCCUGAUUGACAUCAGAGAGUACUGGAUGAACCAAGAUGGGGAGAUGAAGCCUGGGAAAAAAGGUAUCUCUCUGAAUCCAGAACAGUGGAACCAACUGAAGGACCAGAUUUCAGAAAUUGAUGACGCCAUGAAGAGAAUAUAAGCAUUCCGGUUGAUGUGAUCUGUUGAACUUAUUCCUUUGUUAGUUGGCUUAUCAGUUUUGUAAAAAUCCUGGAUGUGUUUUCUAAUGGACUUGUUUAGUUUGUAGUUGUAUAGACCUAAAGUUGUCUGCAUACUCUGGUUUUCAGUGUGAAACUUGUUCUUGAGCUGUUUAAGGAAAGGGAUGGGUGGAUGAGUAGGUGGUGGGUAGAGCGUAUCAAUACCGUGAUGUUUUUUAUUGAAUAAUAAAAAUGAGGCACUAGCUUAAUGUUGAUGUUCACUGUGUAAGUCCAUGGUCACAGUUUGAUUAUCAUGAAUUUUAGGACUCUGUUUGAUCUCACCUUUGUAAUGUGUAGCACCCAACAUCCGUGCUCUUCAUUUCAGAAAGUCGAUCCAGUCUGGCAUGUUGUACCUGCAAGUGAUUAGACCCAUGGUGACCCAUGGGUUAGGUUUUGAAAUAAAUGAUACUGUCAAACAAA